AUGGGUAAUCCGGCGGGUCCGUCUUUAGCGAAUCUAGUGAUGACCGAGAUCAUCUUUGAAUGUUUGAAAAACAUGAAAUUUGUCGUAACCAUCCUUAAACUUUACGUGGAUGAUACUUUUUUGAUUAUUCCAUCUGACAGCGUAGAUCACCUAUUGGAAACUUUCAAUGCAUACCAUCCUCGCAUACAGUUCACUGUAGAACGUGUAAAAGACAAUGAUUUAUCGUUCUUGGAUGUCAGGGUAAGAAGGAGAGCAGACGGAACGUUGAGUACACGGUGGUGCAUGAAACCUACCAGCUCGGGAAGACUGUUGAAUUAUGGAUCAGACACAUGCAGAAAAUAUAAAAUUUCCGUCAUAAAAAAUUUGUUACACAGGGGUAUCAAUCUGAGCAGCAGUGAAUUUCACCAUGAAAAUUUGAAAGAAAUAAAACAAAUAUUGGAAGUGAAUGCUUAUCCCUCUCUUCUGGUUAAUAGAAUUAUCAACGAGUACAAGCCCCCACCGAGUAGACACCAAUUGGGCGGAACACAGGAGAUACGUAGUCAUUUUAGGUUUCCUUUCGUGCCAAAAUUGUCUUCCAAGAUAUAUAACUCGAUCCGUAGUGUGUCCACAAAUUCCAGUCUGGCAUUUUACAAUCUAAAGAGUGUCAGAUCUCUCUUUUCCAAGUUGAAAGACAGAGCUGGGACUCUUGAUCGUUCUAAUGUGGUGUACAAGAUUCCCUGCGCAGGUUGUAAUAGAUGCUAUAUAGGACAGACGAAACAAUUGCUCACAAGUAGGGUCAGACAACAUAAAAAUGAUUGCCAUAAGAAGUUCAGAGAUAAAGAAGGUAAAACAGCACUGGCUUUGCACUCUAUCAGUACAGGACAUCAAUUCGACUUCCAGCAGAUUUCAGUUUUGGAUGGGGAGAAAAACUGGAUGCAAAGAAAUUUCAGCGAGAUGAUACAUAUUAAUUUGCACGAUACCGUCAAUCAUAAGAGUGAUACUCAGGGAUUACACCAAUCUUAUAAUAAUUUGAUUUCCUUGUUCAGACAAUUCAAGUGCCGUUAA